UCAUGUUAUCCGAUAGAGAUAGGAAGAAGUUGAACAACAGAUUACAGUCGUUGUACGAUCGUGUAUAUAAGAUCGAGGACCACGGACAUCCCAUAGCAACCACUUUUCAUACUUUACCUCUUCGUACUGGAACAGACUACUAUAAGAUUGUGAAAAAUCCUCUUUCACUCCACGGAGUAGGCCGCAAAAUCAAAAAUUCCAAGUAUGACGACGGUCAGCAGUUUGUUGACGAUCUUUCGCAGGUCUCUUGGAAUGCGCGAUUGUACAACAUUCGCGAGUCCAAGGUGUAUCGUCAUGCUUUGAUCCUCAAGCAGUUUGUCUUGACUGUAGUUAUUCCCAAGCUCAAGAACGAUAAAGCUGUGCCCAAUAGUAAAACGAUAGCGUAUCCCGUUUUGGGCGAUUUGCCCGAUGAAAAAGAUGAAGCUAAACUAGAGUCUGUGAGUAUAGUUCAGUAUGAAACCACUCCUCAGGCAGAGCCAGCAUAUUCUGGCUCUGGAGGGAGACCCACGCCGCCGCUUGACUACCAACAACAACAGCAGUAUCAGCAGCAGUAUCAACAGAGCUUCAGCUCCACUGGCAGCAUUGGAUUACUGUCUUCACAUCAGCUUUCACCACCUCCUUUUAAACAGUCUAAACAUGUAGAGAGUGGUAUAAGAAGAGGUCGUCCUCCAAUUAUCGAUAAGCCGUUCGAGACACGUAUCAAGUUGAUCUUAAAGAGCUUCAAGAAGUUGCGCGAUCCCAACAACGAAUCCAGAUCGUUGACACAGCACUUUGAUAAGUUGCCAGACACCAAGACAAACCCCCUGUAUUACCACACCAUUACAAACCCUAUUAGUUUGUUCGAAAUUAAAGUCAAAGUUCGUACCAGGAAAUACACCAGCGUUGAUCAAUUCAUCCACGACUUGGACGUAAUGUUCCUGAAUUUCCAAAUGUUCUACCAGAACGAUCCAUAUAGUGAAGAGUUUAUUGACUUCCAGAACUUCAACAGAGAGGCCCAUGCGAUUAUUCAGCAGGAAAUCAGCAAGAGUGACCAAGACUUGAUGGUGUCGCUGACUUCCGGUAAUGAUGGUGUAGUUAGAUACCCAUUGGACACGUUGGAGGUCAAUGGUUACUCGUACAAGAUUGGUGAUUGGGUGUUGAUCGAAAACGGAAAUGACCCCGAAAAGCCAACCGUGGGACAGAUUUUCCGUUUGUGGUCCACAGAAGAUGGCAAUAGAUACUGUAAUGUCUGCUGGUACUACCGCCCCGAACAGACUUGCCAUGUUGCCGAUCGUUUGUUCUUCUUGAACGAAGUCUGCAAGACUGGCCAGUAUCGUGACCAUUUGGUCAACGAAAUUGUAGGACCCUGUUACGUUAUCUUUUUAACUCGUUACCAGAAAGGAGACUUACCAGACGGAGUCAUUCCCGAUGGUGCUCCAUGGUUUAUCUGUGAAUUCAGAUACAACGAGUCCAAUCACGUUUUCAACAGGAUCAGAACCUGGAAAGCCUGUUUGCCUGACGAAGUCAGAGACCAUCCAGAACAGCCGCUUAUUCCUUUGAACGACACCCGUAAGUUGAUUAAGUACGAGUCGCCCAUCAAGUCUUUGUUGCCCAAAGAUGCCUAUAUUGGUAUGCCUAUACCCGAGCCAACUUUGGGUCAACCUAAAGCUCCUCCAUUAGUUGGACUGGUAUAUCUUGCACCAGCAUUCAAGGAAGAUGACUUGGGACAAUAUGUCACCAGUCCAAAUGUAGCGCCGAUGCCCGAACUCGACGAGACUGCCAGCGGUCGCCGUGCCUUCUUGUUCACACCUAUUUCUCAAUUGAAAGGUGGAGGGGGUGCCACAACCACAGUAUAUACUACCGGUGGAAUUGCUCUUCCAUCUGUGGAAACCGCCCAACCUCCAGUGGUUGUGCCAGUAGCAACAGCAGCUUACAGUGCUCCUAUUCCUGUUGUGGUUCCCGAAGAAAAACCGAUUCUUCCAGGGACCUACAAACUGUUACAAUCGCAGAUUCAAGAGAGCCAGUCGAAAAGGCUUCAGGAACAGCAAUUGCAGCAGCUACAACAACAGCAGCAACAACAGGUGUAUGGAAGAGUCAGCACCCCUCCUACAAGCAUAACGCCAACUGGUAGCAACUUCCACACUUCCACUUCGAACUAUUCAACGUUACUUGCGGGAGGAGUACUUUCCUACGCUUUAGACGAUGUUGAAGGGAAGUUGGCCGAUUUCACGGUGUUGAACAAAAGAAGAAGAAUCAACCAUAAUAGUAACAACGACACCCACACCGAGGUCGAGCUGGUAAUUUUCUAUCGUGCGCCCCCUUACGUGAUACCAGGAAACCGUAUCAUCACCAACAAUGCUACUGAGCUUGGCCAUUCAGCGGCAUACUUGGCUUGGAAGUUGAACCAGAGUUGAAAUGAGAAUGUGUAAAGAGUCUGUAUAAUUAGAAUGUAUUUUUAUUAUGG